AUGACAGAGGUCAAACCAAAUGGUGGGAACGCAUCAAAUGGGCAGGAAAAGACAUCCAGAUCUAGAAACUUGGCCAAAACCCUUGGGAAACUAGACCCAACGCAACUGAUGCAUAAUGGACGCUCGAGAGGGUCCAAAAUAAAUGACGAUGCAGAUUCAGGUCGUUAUGAUGCAAGAUAUAAGGUGGUUUUACUGGGAGAAUCGGGCGUUGGGAAAACCUCACUUAUUCAAGCUGCUGUAGGCGAACCUUUUAAUCCAACUAUGAUCUCAACUAUCGGUAUUGACUUUGUGGUACAAACCUACAACGUCGACCAUUAUCGAAUACAGCUGCAGAUAUGGGAUACAGCUGGUCAAGAACGUUAUCGAUCUCUAGCCGCAUCGACUUUUAGGGAUGCAAAGGCUUUUAUAAUCGUCUACGACAUAACCAGUCGCGAUUCCUUCCGCAGAAUCCGUGAAGAAUGGUUGAAGAUGACAGAUAUUCAAGGCGGCGAACCAGUGCCGAUAUUUUUCGCCGGAAACAAAGCCGAUUUGGUGCGCUUGAAAGAAGUACCUACAGAAGAUGCUCAAAAGCUUUCUCAGCAGCAAUAUGCGCAUGGAUUCUUUGAAACAAGCGCACUAAAUGGACAAAAUGUGCAGAAUUUGUUCCAAUCCGUCGCUACUGCCAUGGUAUCCACAUGGAGCAUUCCCCAACUCUUCUUUGCAAAUACUCCAUCGUUCCAGAACAAUAACCCAUUUCGAUUGAGUGACCAAAUGCCCUUAGGUCAAAAUGGGGCAACGAAUGCAGAUAAAAAGAAACGCACCGUUUUCCAAUGCUGUGCCACUUAG